AUGCCUUAUAACACUCGCCGCAAGUCACUGUCGCUACCGUCGUUGGGUAUUCAAUUACCGAGUUCGUCGCGCUCCCAGCGCUCCCCCACCCACAAGACCACUUCCGCCUUAGAUACACAACAACCACCAUCGAAAAAGGUCAAGCGGUCCCAUGACUCACUGUUCAGGUCGCCUUUGUCAGUUUCAUCAGAAUCCCCGGAAUCAACCUCGCACAAAGAUGAAGUCGAUGGCUCUCGUCCAAAGAGUCAGAGAGGCGCUGGAACCUUUGAGCACACGCCGCCACCAUCUCCCGAAGAUUCAGGGAUCGCUCCCAAGAUCGACACGGAAGGAAUCAACGAUGAUAUCGUAGUUUCGGUCAUUGAGCAACUGGAAAAGACGGGAAAUAGACCUCAUCUCAUCAAGGAACUUGCCACUGUCCUUUCAACCACCAACGACACAGUUGCAAAUUCCGCGAAAUGCCGCAGCCUUGUUGUCGUCGCGGUUAAGUUUGUACUUGAAACGCUCGUGGACGGCACUUUCACCAUGUCCGGUCGCGAAGGAGUUGAUCCCAGUUCAUCCACGCAAAGUCUUUUAUUACCUGACAACAUCGCCACAUCAGGCACUUCCAGAAACGUCUGA